CACACAAAUAGACCCCAACCAUAGACGGUAAACAGUAUGUGACACGUCUAGAUCCUGCUCUACGCUACUCUACCCCCUCCCUCCUCAGCCUCACUCUUCUCUCCCUUAACACCCUACUCACUCAGCCUCAACCUCAAGGGGUGAUAGAACAGAUCUCUCUCUCUCUCUCUCACACACACACACACACGCUUGUUUGGUUUGUGCUUAGCCAUUUACUGGUGGAACAUGUAAGGCAAAGCUGAGGGUUAUGGGUUUGAUGGAUCACCAGAGUGGUUGCGGCGGAGGCACUGCCCCGCCCGCUCCUCCGAUGAGCCCGCGCAUCUCGUUCUCUUGCGACUUCACACUGGAGGUGCCCACCGUGCGCGCUCCCGGCCCGCCACCCGACCCCAACUUCGAGUUCUUGGUCGGCAGCCACCCGAUGAUCACCGCCGACCAGAUCUUCUUCAAGGGCAGGCUUCUUCCGCUCAAGGACAACCACCCCUCCGGUUCCAGCAGGGGUAUGAUCACCACCCUCCGCGACGAGCUCCGAGGCAACGAGGAGGCGUGCGGACAACCGAGGGAGCGGCCGCCAAAGGCUCCCAUCAAGUGGAAGGAGCUUCUCGGGCUCAAGAAGUCGCGUAAUCCAGCGGCAAAGAAGUCCGAUAAGAACGAAGGAUCCCAGCUCGGCAAAUCUAUGCAGGAACUAUGAGGGCUAAAGAUCAGCCUUGUCUACAUACCACUAAUCAAGCAAGCAUAGUUGCAGCAAAAGUCGUGAUGUCUGUUUCUACAUCUCUUUGCUGAUGUUUUGUUAUUCAUCAAGCUGGAGAUGGUUCAUUUCUUGGAAACUAGGAUCAAGGUGGAGAUGUUCUGUGUGGUAUUAACUCUCUCUCUCUCUCUCUCUCAUCAGUCUUGUGUAUUGCUGAAGGAAAUAUAAUGUGUUCUAUGGUACCAUAAGAUCUGCCUAUUUUCUUCUUCUUAUACGUGUGUGUAGCAAGGAAUUUUAUGGUGUGAUGAAUACAAGAUGAGGUUCCUUUA